GUGACGUCAGAGAUCAGCUGAUCGCUGCAAAGAAGCGCAGAGAAAGAAACAAGAUGGCGCUGACGGGCUGUCCAAGGAUGAAUUGUCUUUCCUCAGCCGUGCUCGGCCUCCUUUUCCUCUCCACUGGUGUCUAUGGAGACAGCUUGACGGUGCUGCAAGCUCCAGAGUUUGUGUCCUUCCAGAAAGGAGAGUGGCCCAUUUCUGGAGAGAAGAUACCAGACCUGGUUGCGGUCACAAUGGGCUUCUCUGUUCAAGAGGAUCUGUCUUGGCCUGGUCUCCAAGCCGGUCCUCUGUUCCAGCGUCCCCGUGCAAACGUUCUGGUGGUGGUCCGAGGAGCAAAGAGCCUAGACUUCCCUCAAAGUGUGGCCUCCUAUCCGCUAGAGAACCCAGUGCCGUUCACAAUGGAUAGCGUCGCAGAGACUGUGCAUUCUCUAUUUGCUGAGGACACACCUGUCGUGCUGCAGCUGGCCCCCAGUGAAGAGAGGCUGUACAUGCUGGGCAAAGCUAACGCCGUGUUUGAGGACCUCCCAGUGACUUUGCAGCAGAUUCGAGGGCGUCUGUCCCAGGAGGGCUCUGUGCUGGCUUCCCUGCCCCUCAACUCCCUCAGCAGAAAUGCAGAGUCGGAUUUACUCUUUCUGUCAGAGAUCCAAGUCCUGCAUGAUAUCACAGCUCUGCUGCAGAGACACAAGCACUUGGCCAAGGACCACUCCCCAGACCUGUACUCCUUAGAGCUAUCUGGCUUGGAGGAGCUGAGCCGCGCCUACGGACCAGACUCGCCACAGUACCGUGACGCCAUCACCAUUCUUGCCUCCGUCUUGCAAAAGUUUGGAGAGGAUGUGUACAGUCUCUAUGGCAACAGCGCCGUCGUGGAGGUGGUAACCGUAAAGAACUUUGAGGCUCCCUUGACCAGGAAGUCCCGCUCCAUUUUGGAGUCCAAACAGAUUAGCAACCCAGGCAGCCCCUACAACCUGGCCUACAAGUACAACUUCCACUACGCCGUGGUCUUCAACAUCGUGCUGUGGCUCAUGAUCGUGCUGGCGCUCGCCGUCAUCGCUGUCGGAUACAACCUGUGGAACAUGGACCCGGGCUACGACAGCAUCAUCUACAGGAUGACCAACCAGAAGAUUAGGAUGGACUAAAACAAAAGCUGACCUCCUGCACUCCCCCAGAUACCCGCUUGUCUUUGGUUUGGUGCGACGUCGUGUUUGGUGAAUACCUUGAAGGCUUACAACGCUGCUGUGAUCAUUGAAAAUGUUGAAAUUACACAUUUUAUUCCUUGUAAGUAAACCUUCUCACUGUUUUGUGAAAUUCUGCAACUAUGUUUUAAAUUAAGUAUAAUAUGUCUAUAUAUUGAAAAUACGAUUAAAUGACAAACUGCUGUGCUCUUAUUGUGAAAAAAAAAAAUAUUGUGAAGAGAUGUGUUGUUUACUCUUGCAAAUAUUCACCCGACUAAAAGGAAAUGAGCUGUAAAUGGCUAAACAAUGAAUAAAUGACUACGGGUAAGACUCCUUAUUGUCCCUUUUAGUUUUGAAAACAUGAAUUAUACAACGUUGAUGCUUUAAAUUUUGAUGUUUGCACAUUUUAUUUUGAUUUCCCUGUGCACAGUAUGUUUGCAAAAGCAGUUUUUUACAUUCAAAAAUGCUACGCCAUAAGGUUAGCCUUUAAUCAAAUCCCUCGGGUUCAAUCGCGUCAAUAUGUGCGAUCUGUCACAUAGGAAGAAAUAUUUCGUCAGAACGCAAAGCUGUAAAUAAAGGAGCAAAAGUUGUAAAUAAAAGAGCAAAAGUUGUAAAUAAAAGAGCGGUCGAUUCUUAGUUGAUUUUCCUUGUGACUCGGUCACGUGACCCUGUUGCGUAACCGUUCAGCCAAUCCGAGAGCAGAAGAUACUUUAUAAGUCCCGCCUUUACUGGCAUUCGGCCUACAUAACUGACUGUCAGCUUCCGUCUUUGCUCUCGCUAGCAGCGUUUUUGUAACAUAAAUACCACUACUAUUGUAACAUAAUACUAUCUGUAAGGCGCAGUUAUGGUUUGACUCAUCGUUAAAGCGAGCAUUUACGUGUGCAGGAAGAUCCGGGCUGCCAUUGCUGGCGAGGAGCAACUGGAAAAGCCGAUUGUAACGCCAUGUUAUGCUAACGGUACAGUUGCCUAGUACACUUCUGAAAGGAGAGCGGCGGCACAAGCCCUGAGAGGUCCACCACCGGCCACCUUCAUGACUUGUGAAGACAAUGAAGGCGUCGUCAGAGCAACAGGCUCCGGGACGCCUUCAGCUGUUCAGAAAAGUGGCUCCUGAUGUUAAAAAAAAACAGGAUAGGAUAACACGGGUCAUUAAAAUGUAUAAAAAUCGUCUGACUAUCCACAAAGUGAUGACAUGAUUCUAAAUCAAGCUUACUGAUCCUCAUGUUAAAAAGAUAAGUCAAAUGUUGUUUUAUAUUGUUUUAAUGACCAAAUUGUGCUCCUGCUAACACAUUUGACAGUUUUAUUGUACACUGCAGUGUUUGAAGAAUGACUCACCAACCUCUUUUCCAGAGGCUGAGCCUGUCUGAUGUUGCUUUUGCAGUGAUAACAAUCAAAUUGGUGCUCAUAUAAACACUUACAAACAUG